AAGGGACUUGGUUGAAACUUCUCUCUCCUCUCUCUCUCUCUCUCUCUCUCUCUCUUUUUCUUUUUCUUUUUCUUUUUUGGAUUUUUUCUUUUCACGGGAAUCUCUGCUGGAUUCAGAAGAGGAGGAGGAAGAAGACCAUGGAGUUUGAUGAUAAUGGUGGCAAUCACAAGCCCCUUUGGAAUUUGCUGCUUCCUCUGCUACCAACUGUUACAUUGAUUAUCCAGUGAAAUGAGAUGUGGGAAUGGCGAGGAGAAGAGUAUGAUUUGCAGAGAGUAUCACUGAAUGAUGUUUCUCACUGCUUGUGGGGUGAUGUGAAUCAAAACGGCUUUUUGUACAUGCUUGAUGAACAAACUCCAAUAAAGGAUUGCACGGAAUUAAGUUGCCAAGUUUCUGAUAUAGGAGAUUACAGCGACAAAGGGUUGGAGGAAUGUUUGGAUUCUUCGCAAAUCAAAAGAAGACGCAUGCUGCAAUUUACUUCUGAAGGCAAUGAGGUGGCUGAAUGCUCAAUGAUGGAAGAUGGGAUUUCAGGAAAUUUUCAUUGGGAUUCACAAUGGAAUUUCGAGUUUUCAGAUGAUCAGUGUGCCUUAAAUUGUGAUGGGUUGGAUCAAUCGUCAGAAGGAUGGUUAGUUGAUUGCUUAAAUGAAAGCAAGGAGAAUAGCGGCUCCAAAGAAAUGUCUAGGAAUAAUUCUAUGGCUUCUACUGACCAUCCUGAUGUUUCUGAGUUGUACAAUAUUUCACCUGAAACGGGAGCUAAUGUAGUCGAAGACCGCUCUAUUCCUGCUCAACUGAAGAUUCUUACGGGUAGCGAGUCUGUCAUCGAUCCUCCUACAAAGUUUGCUACUUCAGUUGCUUAUCCUUUUGCCCUUAUUAAACCGUGUGGAGCUCACGGGGAUCUAACUUUGCACGACAUAAAUGAACGGAUUCACGCUAAGCCCAUGUCCAAAAUAAAGCAUAAAAAGGAUGAGGAUUCAAUUGCAUACUCCACUUCAGCCUUUUCUGGCAAACCUGUGGUAGUGAAAACAAAGAUCCGCACUGAAGGCGGAAAAGGCAGCAUUACAAUCACAAGAACAAGAGGUUGAAUGGACUAAGUUUUCUGCAGAUUUGUUUUGGUGUGUUUAAUUCCUCUCUCAUGCUUUUUUUUCUCCUCCUCUUGUCCUUUGUUUUUUUUUUUUUUUUGUACAAUUACUUUUAUCUAAGGUAGUUUGAAAUACUUGGAUGUUUCAGAGGGAUCAUUGUGUGGUAUUGGAUCCUGCCCUUUAUACUUGUUGAAUCCUUUUUCGGUUUAGUUCCUGUAUUAUGUAGUUGCUGAUUGUGAUGCUUUUGGUGGUUGCAGAAAUUUAAAUUUUCCUUUAAUUUUC